AUGUAACUCUAUCUUGACAUAAAAAGAAUUAAAACAAAGAUAUUUGCAAAAGUCUUGGUCUUCCCUGCAGAACAAAAAGAAAAAGAUUGAAGUUUUCUUGCUUCAAUCUCCUAUUAAACAGACCCAUCAAUCGUCCUCUUCAUCUCAAUCUUACUUCUCUUCAUAUUCAGAUACCCUUUUGAAAACCCAACAAGAAAAACAAAACACAUUUUUCCGCCGGAAAACCAUGCCGGAUUCCGGCGGCGGUUGCUGCAGAUGCUGCUGCAGCUUCAUAUUUACACUAGGUUUAACAGCUUUAUUCCUAUGGCUAAGUCUACGAGUUUCAAAACCCAAAUGUUCACUUCAUAAAUUCUACAUUCCAGCUCUAAAUCACUCAUUAAAUCCAAGAGGUAACACUUCACUGAUCUUCCAACUCCGGCUAGAAAACACAAACAAAGACAAAGGUGUAUAUUAUGACCCAGUUAAUGUCACAUUCUUUGACAAUCCUACAAGAAAUCAUUCAAUAGGAAAUUUUACUAUUACUAAGUUUCAUCAAGGGCAUAAGAAGAAAGCAACAAAGGGUGGUGAAAUUAGUCUUAAUUCGAGUUCCGGGUUCGAUCAAGAAGCGGUUUUCAGGGCGGUUUCGAAUGGGUCAGCGGUUUUCCGGGUGGAUAUGGUUACUUCUGUUAAAUACAAGAUCAUGUUUUGGAAAACUAAGAGGUAUAAGAUAAUUGUGGGUGCUGAUGUUAAUAUUACUACUCAAGGUAGUAUAAGUGAUCCUAAGAAAGGUGUUAGGCUUAAAUCUGAUGCUGCUAAAUUUGGGAAAUUAGGGAUUUUUUGGGUUGGGUUUUUGUUUUUUGUUUUGAUUAAUUUGUUGUGAUUUAUUAUUAUUUUAUUUAUUUAUUUGGAUUUGUUCUUUUGGAGUUAUGAUAAUGUUGUUGGUUAUUUAA